AUGACCACGGGUUUUACCAAUAAUAACCCACAUGCAAAUAAUAACAUAGGGGAUGUGUCUAGUAGUACGAAAAACAAUUUUUAUGAAAAUUCAUUUUACUCAGCAAGUACUAACACUAGUUUUGUGGAUUCUUCCAAAAAUAAUCGUUUAGUACAACAACCGUAUGGUUGUCAAAGUUUCCCAUUUUCCCCGUUUGAAAAUUCACAACAGGUUUCAGAUUCUUCCAGUAGAACCAAUUCUAUUCCAAAUAAUAUCAAUUGGAGUUCCGGACAAAGUGUUUUGGGAAGUGUUUUAAACAAUAAUGAUAAUAUUGCACCUUCCAAUGGUUCUAUGAUGUUUAGAAAUACUUCAUCACCUAUCUUAGACACAUAUCUCCAAAACAACAUAUCACCAUCGGGGCCUACUUCUCUAUCUUCUGCUUCACUGAUGAAUACCAGCGUCAGUCAAGGUGAUACGAACUUAAUGAGUUCUCCGACAAUUGCUUCAUAUUAUUCCUCAUUAAACAAUAGCGGUAACUCCACUAUUGUUACCUCACCUUCAUUAAACUCUCCAGUUCAACAACAACAACAACAACAGCAACAACAAUCCGGAUAUUUUUCGCCUAUCCCUGUAACUGCCUCUUCUUCCUCUUCUUCUUUGUCAAACAACCAAAAAGCUAUUAGCAAUCCAUUUUAUUCCUUUAAUGCUCAACAGCAGAUUAAUCCACAUGAUGUUCCACAAUUUGAUAGAGCUUCAUCGUAUAUUUCCGACUCUUUGCUCAUGCAUAAAAGCCAAUCUUCAGAUUUUUCCUUAUCUUCCGCAAAUUACUUUCCGGUAUCCAAUGAUAAUGGUGCAACUAGUCAUUUUUCUGCUGCUUCAAGUGAUAUGAAUUUCAAUAAUAACGGAGAUAUGCAUAAUAAUAAUACAGGUUCUAAUGGUCAAUUUGUUAACGGGAACAUUCAUCAUAGGAAUAAAUACUUGAAUCCAAUUUCUAAUAAUAAUGGCUAUGGUGGGGUAAUGUCAAGAGGUUCCAUCAGUUCUAACGGUAGCACCAAUUCUAAUGAUUUUGCUACUUUCCCUGUUAACGACAUGAGAAGUAAUCACAUUUCCAGUACUAACUUGGCUACCACUUUUAAUAACAAUAGUGGCUGUAAUGGCAGACCACCAACUGCAAUUGGCUCUAAUAAUGCACCCGUAAAUAAUUUUAUGUAUCAAUCUACCGGUAAUAACAACCAUAACCCUGUUGAUAAUGCCAGUACCAAUUAUUCGGCAAUGAAUGGUCUAUUGGGAGUUGUGAAUAGUGCUGCUACUUCCUCUUCUGCUGCUGCUGCUGUUAAUGGAGGCACACAAGUUUUGGAAAACGGAUUAUUAUUAUCGAAUGGGAAGAUUUCUUCUUCUUCUGAAUUGCAAGAUUUGUAUAAGAAUUGCGGUAGUAACUAUUUUGCAAGUGAUUUGGCGUUUAAAUUUGUUGAUCAAGUUAAAAAUAUGAUAUAUUUUAAUGUUUCUCCACACGCAGAAAGAAUCCAAGUUUUCGUUAAUUUUUUGAAAAGUUGUAAUUUAAAUUACAAUCCCCAAAGUGAUGCCUUUUUAUCAACCACCCAGAAGGAGACAGCUUCUUCCCAUGCUAAGUCCAAAUCAACUAAUCCAGGUAUACAAGGUAAAAAUGGUGGAAACAAUUCUUCUGGAAGGAAUGCUGCUUCAUCAUGCCUCCAUUAUAGGCCAUUAGUACUAGUUGUUUUGAAAAAUGGUAAGUUGGAAUUAUUAAGUGUUCCUAAAACUACUAAUUUGCAAUUGCAUAGGUCUGAUUUGGUCAUUAUAGACGGGGAUCGUGGUAAGGAUCUAGCUCUGGUUGUUGAACCCGAGGUUGAUUUAGAUUUGGCCUUGUUUAUAAAUUUUUUGAAGAAAAAAAUCCAUUUUGAUUCAUUAAUUACUAAGAAAGAUCAGCAUUUUCCAAACUCAAAGUUUGUUGACACUUUGGUUAAAAGUAGUAAUAAGGGACAAACAGAUGUAAGUAAAAAAACGUCUGAGGCUGUGGACACUUUGCCUCAUUCCACUGCUGGAGAGGAAAUUGAAGAGUUAAAUCCAAGACUGUACGAUGUUAUUGAAUUAACUCAGUUGAUUAUCCCGUCAAAACAAGUUUUACGUUUUGCUACGCCCAUUGAAGUUUCUACUAAUUUACAUAAUAAAUUUCAAGACGAAUUAAAAGCUUUGCAUAUUGCUCAAUUGAAAUUGAAAUCGUUAAAUUCAGGACACCAUCACCACCAUCAUCAUCAAAAUCAUCAUGCCAACGAAGGUACUAAUAUUCAACUAAACAACAAGGACGAGAGUAAGGAAGAGAAAAAUUUGAACAUUAAGAUUUUAAAUGCAGAGUUUCAGUUUGAUAGAAAAAAAUUAACGUUUUAUUAUAUUUGUGAAGAACGUAAUGACUUUAGAGAAUUAAUCAAAGAGUUGUUUAAAUUCUAUAAGACUAGGAUUUGGUUAUGUGCAUUGCCUAAUAAUUUAGAAAUUGAUUCUAAAUACUAUGAUAACCAACAUUUUGAAUUGGCUAUGUACAAUGAGAUGAUGACUCAUAAUGAUUUACAACGUGGAACAAGUAUGAAUGAUUUUGUUGUCGUUGCACCAUCUUUAGAUAAGAUUAAAUUGGAUGAUUUCCAAAUUGGAGUCUAUAAAGAGUUGGUUGAAAAACUAUUUAUGUGA